GUUCAAGUAGUUUCGUGCUAUCCGUUGGAAACAUAAAUAUUAUCAUGGCGUCCGUGACUUUUCGCGACUGUUUUCUUUGCGUUUCAGCUCUAAUUACCUUCGUUUUCGUGUUUGUGACCGGUGCAGACUUCGUUCGCUUCGUGUCGUUUCGUGCCAUCUAUCAUAACCUGAGCGGGGCCGCGCCUCUGUGUCGAGACUCUGUGCCCUGGUCUGUGGCUUUGCGGGACGGGGUUGUUCUGAAGGCAGUAGCUGUGGAUGUUUUCCUUCUGGUCCUCUUCAGUCUCCAGCAUAGCCUGCUGGCCUGGACUCCAGUUAAACAAGUCUGUCAGAAUGUGUUUGGGGUUUUAACCAGAACUGUGUACUGCUUCACCACCGCUGCAGCACUGCAGAUAUUGAUGCACUAUUGGCAUCCGGUCACCAGCGCCCCCUGCCUGUGGUCAGUGCGCAAUGCACCCUGGGACAUCUGGUUCCCACUCAUCUGUUUUAUCUUACAUUUCCUGUGUUGGGCCAUAAUCUGCAGUAUCCUGCUCAUCUUUGACUAUCCCGAACUGCUGGGCAUCAAACAGGUGUAUUAUGAGUGUUUGGGUCUGGGCGACCCUCUCCUGCUCAAGUCUGAACGUGCGCAGCGGCUUUACUCUCACCUCAGGCAUCCCGUCUGUGUGGAGCUGCUCACGGUGCUCUGGGUUCUCCCCACGUUCCCGCUGGACCGGCUCCUGCUGGCCGUGUACCUGUCCGUUUACCUGAUCCUCGCUCACUCGCUGGACAACCAGGACUGCGCUUACCUGCGCCGGCAGCUCCGUAACAAACUGCAGCUCUUCUCUUCACCACUAGAGGACAACGAUCAGAGCAACAACAACAUGCAUAAGCAAGACUAAAUGAUGCUCAUGGUAAAAUAAGAGUGUAAUGCUGCCUUCAAGUCAUUUUUUGGGCAUUUUCAAAUUUCUUUUUGUCUUCCUAACAAAGUCCACUAAUGCAACCUAAUGAGCAACAAAUGAGGCAAAUUGAGUGUUUAACUGAUGCUUUAUCUGUGCAUUUAAUCAUUCUUGUGCUGCUGCAGAGAAUGAUGGGAAAUGUAGUUUUGUUGCACAAGCCUCUUGCCUCAUGAACGGACAAUAUUGUUGUUCUUCAACAGUACAUAAAUGCACACAUACUAAUUUGUACUGUUGACUUUAACAAUUUAAACAUCUUAUUAAAGUCAGUUUUGUUGGUGUUCAUAUCUCUUAAAGAUAAUCAUGUUGAUGUGACUUAAAGGCAGCAUUACAAUCAAAGCUAUGUUUGGAAUGAAAUACUAAAAUACUGCAUGAUAUACACUAUAAACUUUCCAAAAUGUUUUUUUAAAGCUACAUGAAAUAUUAUUUGCAUGCAUCAGUACACAUUUAAAAUGCAAAAUGUGAUAAAAUGCAGCAUAUUGCAUUUCAGUGCAAUGCUGCAUUUGAUUUCACGUAAGUUCUUAUGCAUUUUUAAUAGUGAAAUGAAGCUUUUCAAAACUUUGAAUCAGUUGAACCAGUUGCUUUGCAAAAUGAUGUUUUUUUCAAACACACAUAAAUGCAACCAGAACUCAGACUAAAUAUGCAUAAAAUGCCUUUUACAAUUAACAAUGAAUUAACACAAUCAAACACCAUUAAAUAUGAAGUGUUUGUGUAAUAUGUGCCAUUUUAUUCAUUUGUAUGGCGGGUUUUGUUUAUUUUAUUAGAGAGCUUGGUUAAUCAACCCAAUAAGAAACAAUUAUCUACAACUCUUCCAUUUUAAUAUAUAAAUGGGUUAUUAAAAAUAGUAAUGGUAAAACUGAUAAAAAAUCAGGUAAAAACCACUGAAAUAUGUGAAACCACUGACAUUUUAAAAUGUUUUAAAAGAGUUAUGAUGUAACAAAGUCUUGUUUACUUAAAUCAGGUGACUUUAGCCAUUUGAUAUGCACUGGUUCAAAUCAAAUGAUUCAUAAAAGUUUCAAAGCUUCUUACAGCAGUGAUUUCAAAGUGCCAAUCACUAAUGUUUAAUUCAGCAAGUGUUGUCCAGGCAUCAUCUCGGAAAUUAAUAAGGUUAUUGUGCAUUUUUAAGCAGUAUGACAGUAUGCUAUUUCAAAAUCUAUCUGGCA